GAAGUUAUGGGCUGGCUACAGGGAGGAGGUGGGGGAUUUAUACUUUGUCUGCUUUACAUCCAAACACUUGAUAGCAGAGCUCCUGACUGCACGAGGUGGACAUAGGUAAGAAAGCAGCAUUCACAAAGAAGAUGACAUCCAGACAUUUCCUACUGAUCCUGUGCAUGAUGGGACCCAUGAGAGAGGCAUUGUCUCUGAAUCUCACAACUCCAUCAGUGGAAUUACAGAACCUCUCAGCUGUGCCCAUGGGUUGCAGUCAGGAUGUACCGUCAAUUUUCUUCUCUCUGUGCGACCUGAAUGCAGCUUGGGGCAUUAUAUUAGAGGCGUUGGCCGGCCUUGGAAUUAUCUGUGCUCUUCUUCUAGCUGUAAUCUUCUUGGCACUAGCACCUUCGGUUAAGAGAGACGAGCGCAAAGGAUCCUUGGGCAUAAACUUUAUGUUCUUGUUUGGUGUCUUCGGCCUGUUCUCUCUUGUUUUCGCCUUUAUCAUUGGACCAAAUAUGGCAGUGUGUGAAGUGAGAAGAUUUCUAUUUGGAGUGCUGUUUGCUCUUUGCUUUGCCUGCCUGGUGGCCCACUCUGUGAGGCUGAACUACCUAGCACUACAUAAUCACGGCCCAGGAGGAGGCUUGAUAUUUUUACUCGCCACUGGACUUUUCCUGGUGGAGGCUGUAAUAAAUGCAGAAUGGCUUCUUAUCACUAAUGUCCGACAUAACCUUCCGUCAACUGUCUCAAUAGGACAUCCUUGUAACAUAGAUAACCAAGACUUUGUCACGUCUUUAGUCUAUGUUAUGUUUCUUAUUCUAGCCUCCCUGAUUAUUCCUUGCCCGGUACUCUGUGGACACUAUUUGCACUGGAAACGCCAUGGCAGGUAUAUUGUGGUAACUGCCUUCCUCUCUCUUUCCAUCUGGGUAAUCUGGAUUGUGAUGUACCUUUAUGGCAAUGGCAAAUUAGGACACCAACAGGCCUGGGAUGACCCUGUUCUUGCCAUUGCUUUAGUGUCCAAUGGCUGGGUAUUCAUUGUCUUUUACUUCAUCCCGGAAAUCCUGGAAAUGACAAGGACGGGGUAUGGAUAUGAGACGGACACACUGAACAUGAUGAAAAGGUUUGAGGAAUGUCCACCGUCUAUCAUUGUAGAGAACAGGGCGUUCACAAUGGAAAACCUGGAGAUGACUGACCAUGUGGAAACUAUAAAAAUCCAAGACAAACUAGUUUCUCCAUACAGUAACUAUUGUGGACUCUAUCCUACGCUGCCAUUAUACCCAUCGCAAGUGGAGACAGUCAACCACGUACCUCUGCCGCGCAUUUCCAUGGAGCCCUGGAGAUACCGACUGUAGGAUUCGGAUACAUCAACAGUGACAAAUACUGAGGAGCUUUAAGCCUCCAGAGUUCAAUUGUAGAGACUUCAGUAAAAAAAAAAAAAAGACCUGAGUUAAGGAGCUGAGUGAAAGCCUGAGGGGGAAAAAACAAAUGAAUUUUAUACACCCGAUGCCAUGUUUUGCUCAAAUUCCUUUAUCAGUUCUGCUUUCCAGAGCUAUAAAUAUUUGAUUAGACAUUACAAUUUAAUCACUUAGUCUGAUUUACUAUUUUCACAAGUUGCCAGCGACUCCCCUUGAGCCUUCAUUAAGUAACCUGUUAA